AUGUCCGAGUGCACUGGCAACCCCGAGUCGUGCGGCUUCUGCACCGGUGCCGUGGCUGCCCACGACCAUUGCGCCAAGGACGAGGUGCGCGGCUGCGCCGCUGACCCCAAGCACUGCAAGGCGUGUGAGGGCGCUGGAUGUCUCGCAACCGAGUGCACUGGCAACGCGUCCACGUGCAAGGCGUGCCAGGCUGGCCACUUCAAGUCGUGCCGUCGCAAGGUGGUCAACGCUACCGAGGGUAUCGAGCGUGUUGCCUCGUAG